AUCUCGCGGGGUUUUGUGGGAUAUAAAAGUUACUUCUCGGAGUGUCUCGUUCUUCUUCCUCGGGAAAACACCAAAUGGCGGAUGACGCCGGUGCAGCGGGAGGGCCGGGAGGCCCCGGGGGCCCAGGCAUGGGAGGCCGCGGCGGCUUCCGCGGAGGCUUCAGCAGUGGCCUUUGAGGCCCCCGAGGCCGAGGCCGUGGGACUCACAGCGGUAAGACGGAGGACAAUGAGUGGAUUCCUGUCACCAAGUUGGGUCGGCUGGUCAAGGACAUGAAGAUCAAGUCCUUGGAGGAAAUUUAUCUCUUCUCUUUACCCAUCAAGGAGUCUGAGAUUAUUGACUUUUUCCUGGGCACGUCUCUCAAGGAUGAAGUUUUGAAGAUCAUGCCGGUGCAAAAGCAAACUCGUGCUGGCCAGCGGACCAGAUUCAAGGCAUUUGUUGCUAUCGGGGACUACAACGGUCACGUCGGUCUGGGUGUAAAGUGUUCCAAGGAAGUAGCCACUGCCAUUCGCGGUGCCAUCAUUCUGGCCAAACUCUCCAUUGUCCCCGUUCGGAGAGGCUACUGGGGGAACAAGAUCGGCAAGCCUCACACUGUCCCUUGCAAGGUGACGGGCCGCUGUGGCUCUGUGUUGGUGCGUCUGAUCCCUGCUCCCAGAGGCACUGGCAUCGUGUCAGCCCCUGUACCCAAGAAGCUGCUGAUGAUGGCGGGCAUUGAUGACUGCUACACUUCUGCCAGGGGCUGCACUGCUACUCUGGGCAACUUUGCUAAGGCCACCUUUGAUGCCAUCUCCAAGACCUACAGCUACCUGACCCCGGACCUCUGGAAGGAAACUGUCUUCACCAAGUCUCCCUACCAGGAUGUGUAUUAACACAAAGCUUUUUUUUUUUUUUUUUUUUUCUUUCAUCUUGUGAAAACUCACACCAGAGUCUCUGUUCAGAGGACUCAGGCUCCAGCAGUAGCUUCAACAUAAGGGUUUUUACAAAAUAAAAAUGAAUGAAAUCUGUCAA